UGAGAUCCGGAGGGAUGGAGAAAAUAACAGCAAAGCAAAAAUACUUGAAACAUCCGUAAUUCCACAUUUUCCGAUGAAAAACAACAUCCUUACGGGACCGGCGCCCAAUCGAUACCAGGUGCCGGUGCCAGGUCGAAUAUUUUCCUCUUUGAUGGUUUUUCGACGAUCUGUUUUACUGCCUUUACACCGAAUUGUGCGACAUUGGGAGUGAUUUGGGUUUUUUUUUUGUUUCGGCCGGUACGCUAGAAUCGAUCUACAGCGUGGUGCUAAAUGUCAAGUGAAAUUGAAGCUCGUUCGCCACUCAAGGUGCGCUCGAAUUAAUGUCUUCGCAAAUGUCGUGGAUAAAAUUCAAUCUUUCGACUAUUAGCCCAAAAUCGGCAUUAUAAGGAAAUAUAAUAAUAAUGUUUCGAUUCGAAGUACGAUUCUAAUAGGUUCGGCCGUUCGACGACCAAAAGCGCCUAAAGGUAUGCAAUAUUUUGUUUUGAGCGUGCGUCAUACAAAUCGUCUGCUUUAUCGCAGCAGAUUUGGUGAGGUCCAAUUAAGACAUUCAAGCGGACUCAACACGCGGAAGCUUACAGCGUCCAAUUUGGCGUGUUGGACGAUUUAAGUAACUCGUGUAAAUAUCUCUCCAAUCGCACUGCCACUUCUCCGGUGCGAAUGGCAUUAGAGGACUCAUAUUAAUUAAGCCGGUCAUCAUACCGAGCACCAGGGCAACCAUGCGAACCAUGCUCCACAUACAAUGGCAGAUUACCAUCGGCUGCUCUACUAAAUGCGAACCAUUGGAGAGUGGAAUUGAAAUUCUUCCCGUUCCCGAACUCAACAAACAGCCUCCGGACAUCCACGAGCCCGGAGAGGUAAUCCGAUAAUCCCGACGGAUGGUUUAGAUGAAGUUUUUCGAUAUUGCAUUCAAAAACAGGGACUCGCAAAAAUUUAUAAACAUUUGCCAAACCAACAACGAAUGAUAGGAAGAAAGAGAAGGAGAGCAGAUAGAAUUUCGGUAAAAUGGAAUAACAGAACAAGAUCAGGUUUUUAUCCAGUUCCGCUUUGUUUGCGAUAUUUGUAUUAGGGUUUUGGUGUUUGCAUGCAUCUCGAGCUACAUUCCAUUCCGAGUCGGCUUACAAUCUCCCACAAAAAUUGCACUUCGUUGCAUUUCCUGCCGAUCGGUGAACCUGUGUAGAAUCGUUUGGGGAAGAGCUUUUCUGAGAGUUUACACACUAGAUUUAAAUUUAAUUUUGCGCGUGUUUCGUAUAAUUGCCAUUUCCAUAGCAACGCAAAGUGUACUAGAUUGAUUGCGAGCUUUGCUGAGGAUGGGCCUCGUCUCUCUAGUGUGCGUGUGGUCGAUGGUGUUUGCGAUUAGUUUGCCCCGGACGGACGCUGCCUGGGGAAAUACCAAUUAUGAUUUCGAUACGGACAUCAAAUUUCUCAUCUACGAUUGGACACAAAGCAAGUUCUCGCUACAAACCACCGCUGAAACGAACUUUGACGCGUUCGGAUGUACACCGACCGAUCCUUUCGUGGUCGUACUGCACGGUUGGUCGGAAGGCUGUAGCAUCACGCAAUGGGUUCGUGAAACGCUGAACAACUUCAUCAUCCACCGCAAGGGGUGCAUCCUCUGCCUGGACUACAGUGUCAUCGCUGAUAACAACGAUUACUUCACGGUGAUUAAGAUGGUGGAUCCGAUCGCACGCACGCUCGAGAAGAAGUUGCGUCAGUUGCUCAUGUUCGGGAUUCCGCCUGCGAUGGGAAUGUUGUACGGGUUCAGCUUGGGCUCUCAGGUCGCGUUCCAAGCCGGACGAAACCUUGCUCCACUGAAGCUGGGACGGAUCGAUGCUUGUGAUCCUGCUGGCAUCGUGUUCGACAAGAACUCGACCUACACCUCACUGAGCGUGAUGGACUCUGCGACGGAGGUACAGUGUGUGCACACUAGCAGUGACAUCGGUACAACACGCCGCGUCUGUCACAAGGACUGGAUUAUGGGCUACUGCGGCUGGCUACAGUUUGCAGCCGGAUUGAUCAGUUCGCACGAACUGUGUCCGAUCUUUUACAAUGCGGCCUUCUGGUUCGACUUCAGGGCGGUUUCCAAUCCGUACGCGUGUCCUACAUCGCGCGCUGUACGCUCGUGGCCCAAUGGUUUCAAGAUGGGCUACUUUAUGCCGCAGGGAACCUCACUGAUUGGCGAUCUGUUUGCGAGGACUGCCCAAAAAUAUCCGUACAAUUGAGCCUGUGGAUAUUGACUAGCGUAACAGCUUUUAAAUAAGAUUAAUAAUUCCGUCAAGUUAGAUGCUACUGAAGACACAAAAUUUAAAACAAAAUCGCCUAAAAGUAUGCAAUCUGGGUAACAAAUCACUUAAUGUUGCGAAAUUCACACUGGGAGUGUCAAUAUCUUCCUGCUUGAAUUCCUUCAAACGAUUCCAUCAAAUAUCCCUACAAAAAAACCGAAUCGGGUAAACAAUCCGACCCCCGACCCAUUAGAAGCCCAACUUUUAAUUAAGUUCCAACCGCUCCCCGCACUCACUAUCGACAUAACGGUUGCGUCGAACAGGGGAUUCGGCCACUACCGGCGGUGACAAAAGGCGGUUCGGAAAACGUGCGUCGAAUCAAACCACAUUCCCGCAUCACGUACACGGCUAUGUCACCCGUACGUCAUUGAUAGUAAUUUUGGAACGUUGUUUUUCGUCACUCUCGGCUCACGCUUGUGCCUUGCGGGAGCCUCCACGACGACGUCAACAAAUUUCCCUAACACGUGAUUGUUGCCCGUGCACGGGUUGUUGAUGGCGUCACAUGUCCGCGAGAGAUCGUAGUUCACUUACAUACACACACACACACGGAGCUGGAUUCGGCAGCUCUGUGAAGUUCGUUAGCCCUUGCGAAAGAAAGCAAUGGGGAGCCAAUGACAGCUCUGGAGUGAGUUGAUGUGGUUGAUUAGUCCCAGGAUAUUUAACCUUACCUUUGCAUACCUUCACACCUGUUCCGGUAGAGCAUAGAGGGCGCUCACGUUGUCGCUACUCGGAACUUGCAGGACUCCGGGAGAGAGAGAGAAAAAAAGGGGAAAAAAUCGCUCGGAAAUAAAUCAGUUUCAUUACUCAGAAGUCUUUAUGUCGCAUUCAGUACACGGCACAUGAUAAUGGCGGUCCACGAGUCACCGGAUCGCGUUUGAGUACACGUUUUGCGCGUAAGACUAUGGGGCACGCGACGCGCUGUGUCUCCCGCGGAGGGGGUUUUGGAAUUGAUUUUUCCAACCCUUUCCAACAGCACGAUGACAGUGUAGCGGCAUCCUUUCGCCAGUUUCGAUUAAUAUUUCACUUCACUCGCUCCCCCUUUCUUUGCAAACAGAUCCGUCGGCCCUUCGCUUUGUUUCCUUUGUGUGGAAAGCACAGUUGCAAUUGAUAGGUCCCGUCGGUGUACUUAAGCUACGGCAACGUGAACAACGGCUUUACAAUUGCUCCGCCCGUGACCGGAAUCGUGAUUUCACUGGAAAACGUUCGGACUCAUAUCAGUCGUUUGUGUUCGUGUGCUUUGAUUACAGCAUCCAUUCAAAAGGGAACAUUCCAUAAUGAUGUUAAAGGAAAUGUUCCAAGCACCGAAAGAUUUCACCAUGGAAAUCAAUAAACCUUUCGUCCAGAUUUUUCCCUUCCAAAAUUCCGUCCAUUCUUUACUGUCUCGUAACCCCGAAAUAGUUCCAGUAGGGGGGUUGUUUUUUGUAUACACGGCACCGGAAGUCCACCGGAUCAGCGUGUACGGUGCUAUGUUUGACGUGUUCCGGGCCGGGCGACGUUCAUUGAAUCAACAGGUGCAAAACCG